CCUCACCUUCAGCCACCUCCACCUCUCACCUUCUGCUAUGAUGUUAUGAAGCUACCAACAAACUCAACCAUCUCCAUCUCACGAUGAACUGCCAAAAAUGCCGGGCCCCGCUGAAGCUCGACAGCUCGCUGGAGAGCCUCAACCCCGCCGCCUUCAACCUGCUCGUCGGCUCAGCCCACGAACCCCCCAAAGCCCUCCCACCAUCUAGACCCGCCUACCCCCCGGAGCGCAAAGCCCUCUACGACGCCGCCUCCCGCUCCGACGCCCCCGCAACCUACAAACGCACCACCCCCACCAACCCGGGAAUGUCCUUCGUCCUCCUCUCCUCCUCGGAAGCCGCCCCCCCCGCCCUCUCCCCUCCCUCCACCAAACGUUCUUCCUCCCCCACCUCCCCAACCACGCCCCCUACAAGCACCUCCCACGAAACCGAGCGCGCAAACCGGCUCUUCGCCCUCCUCUCCGCCCGCUCCGACAUCGACCACCCCAUCUGCACAGAAUGCACCUCCCUCCUCCUCAGCUCGCUCUCCGCGCGCCUCUCCGCCUCCCUCCGCGAGCGCGACGCUUACACCGCAUUCCUCACGCACCUGCACCAAACAGCACCCACGCCCUCCUCCCUCGCCGCAGCCGAAACCUCCCUCUCCUCCGCCCGCGACGCCGAAGAAGCAGCCACCUCCUCUCUACUGUCUCUCGAACGCACACAAACCGUUCUAGCGGCCGAACUCGCCUCGCUCUCUGAAUCCGCUGCGAGUCUAGACGCUGCUGAAGCGGAGUUCUGGCACUCGCAUAAUACUUUCUCUACCAACCUCGCCGCGGCGCAGGGAACGCACGCUUCGCUCUCCGCGGCUGCUACACAUGAUGCGCGUCUCCUAGACCUCUUGCAGCGCACAAACGUGCAUAACGACUCCUUCCCCAUCUCUCACGACGGGACGUUCGGGACGAUAGCGGGGUUACGGCUCGGUCGCCUCGCGGCGCAUCCGGUGGAUUGGCCGGAGAUCAACGCAGCGUGGGGACAUACGCUGCUUCUUCUUGCGACGGUGGCGAAGGCGCUGGAUGUCAAGGUUCAGGGGUAUGAGAUGCAGCCUCUCGGUUCUACGUCGAGGAUUGUGGCUAUGAGGGGGGGGAGGAAGGUUGUGCUGGAGCUGUAUACGAGUGGAGAUUUGCCGCUGGGAUUGACGUUUUUGCAUCGGCGGUUUGAUGCGGCGAUGGUGGCGUUUUUGGCGUGUUUGAAGCAGGUUGGGGAGGGGGUGGGGGGGAGGGCGAUGCCGUAUAAGAUUGACGGGGAUAAGAUUGGGGGGGAGUGUAUUAGGCUUGGGGUGGCGCAGGAUGAUGGGUGGAGUAGUGCGUGUAAGUAUGUGCUUACUUGUUGUAAGUUUUUGUUGGCACAUGUUAGUAAUGCUGGGUUGGGGAGGAGGUAG